UUUGUAACUAAUCUAUUACAAAGCAAAUACCGUUUUACUUGAUUCUAGUAAAGCUGAUUGUUGCGUUUAGCUAACUGUUUUCGUUUUUCUGUAAAAUCGUUUAUAUUGAUAAAAUGGCACCAAUUUCGUCAAUUAAUCCAGUCCCGCCACGCGGUUUGAAAGAAAUAGCGUUUCCCACUCUCAAAUUAAGUGAGUUUAGGGAGUUGGUAAAUGAAAUAAUGCCAAUCAUUAAAUCAGGUGGUCUACUUGAUGUUGUAAAGUUCGAAACUUUUGUAUAUAAUAUGGGGCUAUAUGGGCUUGAAUUGGAGCGUAAAGAUGUGCAAAUGAUGGAUAAGUUAUUUUGUGAUUUGAAAAAGGCAUCCACAGAUCAACGUUUUGGUUUAAAUGUUAGAAUUCAAAUGCUUAAAUUAUUAGAUUCGUACAAUAAUCGUUGGGUUGAUACUCCCUCUUUUAUUAUGAAAAAUGAUGAAAAAACUGUGCAAACAGUAGCAGUUAAGUCAGAUAUCAGAAAUGAUCUGGCAGAAAAAAAGAAAAACGUUAUGAAUACAUCAAUUUCAGUGAUCAAAGAGAAACCUGUUUCAGCUAAACGACUGUUAGCAUUAUUGAAAGAAGUUAAUUCAAAAGAAAAUGGUGUCACCAAUAUCGAACGUAAUUUAAAAGAAGAUAAAGUAUUGACCAAAGAUAUUGAAGUGGAAGAUGAUAUGUUUGAAAAAUUAAACAAUGUCGAUGAAAAAAUAAGAGCACAAAUUAUAAAGAUUGAAUAUUUAAGCAAAAUUAAAAGUUUAACCGGUAAACCCAAACAUUUACGUCCAACACCAGUUGCUGGUGAACAUCGUAACAAUUUGAACUUACCUGACACGAGCUUAAACCGCACCACAGACGCUUUUGGAUCUUUGGUUAACAGAAGUCGUGAAGGUGUAGAACGGAUUGUUAACACAAAUGCAAGCGAAAAUAGAAAUGUAGAAAUUAUUGUUUGUGAUGAUGUUGAUUUUAUAAAAAUAUCAUGCUCAAAUUAUGAAAAAUGUGUACAUGUUGCAGAAUUGAUAAAAUCACAUUUUAACACUACUGACUAUUGUGUUUGGCGAAGUAAGUUAGCUAUGCCUCUUUUAAAAACAAAAGAAGAAAUUUGUGAACGUAGAAGAUUCUUCACACGUCAAGUGAAUCCAUCUACCAAAUAUAAAAAUACUGAAGAAGAACCCAUUAAAUAUACAAAAGACUUCUUAUUGGCAAUAAGAUCUCAGAUGGAUAUGGAUGAAAUUAAUUCUGCAAAAAUGAAGCGGGGUAUUUUGAUGACUAAGUCUGCUGCAGCAUAAUACGAUUUUAUUGUUCGAAUAAAUCAUAUUAACUAUUAUCUUUCCUAAAAAUUAAAUAUAUUAUUUAAUAAAUAAAAAACUUACUAAAAUUUA